AUGCUCGCCCCGCCUCCCGAGGCCGUCGAGUCUCGAGACAGAGGAGCUCUCGACGACGCAGGACGACAGCACUACCUCGACUCUCUAGAGAGACGCUUGGGGAAACUUGAGGGAGGUGGUGGCAGUGGUAGAAAGAACCAGCUUUCGUCAAAGGACAUUCUCCAGUCUUUGAGCGAAGCAAAAGACGACCACAUGCAGCAGAGGGGGACCGAAGUGAGCCGAAACGGACCACAUUCGUCAUCGUGGUCCGGUGGUGGAGGUGGUAGUGGUACAGGCCGACAGUCGCCAUUUUCGAUAAGGAAUGAUUUUGCGGAUGUGGAUCUCAGUAGUGGAGUGAGUGUGAUUGGGGAGGUGGAGGGAGGGAGAGGUAAGAGGGUGGGGAUGGAGGGAGGAGGGGAGGAGAGGCCUGUCAGCGGUUCUAGCAUAUGGACCUGUUGCUUCAGAUGUCAAGGAGGUGGUGGAAGAAGAGGAGGCUACAGCAGAGCGGGGAGAGGGGGCUACGAGGUGGAUGAGGACCGUUCUCGACUAGUGGACUGCGAUGAGCUGAGUCUAGAGUGGCAGAGUCAAGACAUCAAUGACAUCACUUAGUUUUCUGUACUUGAACACUCCGCUUUUUACUGGUGGCUCUCUGGUUUAUAUACUAAUCGCUGUCCACUCACUUUCUCAUGCUUUUUGUGGUCCAACCACUUUAAAAUGUGUGUAAGGUUUAUUGCUCACGGCUCAUGC